AUCAUUCUUUCCGGUGCUGAAGCGUUAAGCACUUUUACAGGAUCGUGUUUCCGAGUGAUGUAACUAUAACUCUUAGUUCCUAUAAAAAAGCCACUCGAUUAAGAUCGUUCGAACAGCUUCGAAAUGACGAGUACACAGCGAAGUCCUAGUCACUUCUAUUACUUCUUAAUCGGUUUCGUGCUUUUGGCAGUCGGCGCUCAAGUUGUCAAAAGCGCUGAUGAUGUUCCUGAUUCAACGACAAUGGAUCUGAUAGAACGCAUAAACAGAGACACUGAUCCAUCCGCUGAACAGGUUGCCAUUAUGGAAAAUGAUAUUCGUAUGCCACCGUCAGAGUCAGAUGCAUCCAGCAAUGAAUUUUCCAACGCCAUCCGCCAAAAAUUCUUGCUUUGGCCCGGGGGAGUUGUACCAUAUGUGUUGGCCGACAGCAUUAAAAACCGCAGCAAACACAUUGAGGUAUUAUUUGAAGCGAUGAAAAUAUGGGAACGCGCUACAUGCAUAAAAUUCGUGAAAAGGACAACAGAGAGUCGCUAUGCGAUUAUCUUUUACGGUUCCAGUGGAUGCAAUUCCAAUAUCGGAGCGAUGUUCUUUAGACCUUCGAUGCUUUCCCUCGGAGCAAAUUGUCAGAUAGUUUCCAUAGCAACGCACGAGCUGGGUCAUCUCCUGGGAUUUGGACAUGAACAGAACAGACCAGACAGAGACCACUAUGUGGAUAUUCUGUGGCAAAACAUUGCUCCAGCUGAUUAUAGGAUUUUUAGGAGGCAAAGCUACUAUUCGUUCAGCAGUUAUGGCGUCCCGUACGAUUAUCAUUCCAUCAUGCAUUACGGGAGAUACCAUUUUUCCAAGAAUGGUCAACCAACUAUAAGGGCACGUGAUCCCACAGUGAAGUGGUUUGGUAGCCGUUCUCUCAGCAAACUAGACAUACAGCAGAUGAACCUCAUGUACUCAUGCCCAGAUAUUCCAGUAUUCCCUGAGCAAUUUUCCAUCAGAGAUACUUCAAGCGCGCACUUAAAUUGCAUUGCUCUGGACCAGCCAGGUGACAGGGAGUGGAGAACAAAGUAUCUUUGCUACAAGCCCGCCUUGAAGAGGCUUACAAUCACGUGGUCACGCAAUGGUGAGAUCACUAACCAGGAUUGUGUGAAUACCCGGAUGCCUCAUGUGCGUUCUUCAAGGUUGUGGGAAAAAAGUUACCUUUGCUUACCUCGUAACAGUUUGCUGAAACUGAGUUGGUCAACGGAUGGACCUUUGAAAGGAAAAGGAUGUCUGGAAGUGAGGAGAAAAGGAAUAAAUGGAGAAGGGUAUUUCCUGUGUGGAACUUCCAAGUAUAAAAAGAUAGAUGGUGACUGGUCAAGAUGGUCGCGUUGGCGUUCAUGUUCUCACAAAUGCGGAGGUGGACAUAGCAUUCGAACACGAUCGUGUGACUCGCCUUCGCCUAAAUAUGGCGGCGCUCAGUGCCAAGGAAGUUACUAUGAAUCUAAGUUAUGUAAAACACAACGCUGUCCUGAAUUUCCAUCGUGGCCUGCCGAUUUCAAGUUCCUGUUUAUAAGUUUUUCUCCCAGACGACAUAAGUGUAUCCCGAUAUACGAGAGAUCCCAAUACCGUUCAUGGGCCCGCGCACGACUCUGUUGGCCGAGUAACAAGCGCUUUAUCGACAUCCGGUGGUCUGAUCAAGGAAAAAUAACGGGCAUGAGCUGCACCAAAAUCACACAAGAAAACGGACGCAUUCAACGAAAUGGCUGGGACGACAACUUCUUGUGUGCACGAAACGUUCCUUACACUUUUAGUUGGUCGACAAAUGGACCUAUCAAAGGCUUGCGAUGUCUGCGAUGGCAAAAUAACUACGUCUACCGUCGAAGAGUGUGGCAGAAUAACUACUUGUGUGCAAACGAGUAUCCCAUACCAACCAGAGCCCCCACUACAGGCUGCUAUUCGUACUGGCAUUCAUUCACUGUCAAAGGGGUACCACAUUGCUACUUUCCAGUCUUGAAUAAGCGCGUUAAGUGGACAGAGGCACAGGAAUUAUGCAGGGAAGUUCAGUCAAACCUUGUUAGCAUCCACAGCAAAGAAGAACAGAGUUUUAUAAGAAGGUUAUCUGGAAGAUCUAGUUUCUGGAUUGGUUUAGAAUUUGAGCGAGAAUGGCAAUGGUCAGACAGGAGUCGCUUGUCAUACCUCAAUUGGUCUCCAGGUGAACCAAAUAAUGGCGGCCGAGGGAGACCUGAAAAAUGCGCAAUGUUCAGUGGAAGAGGCAAAAACUGGAAUGACUAUCCCUGUGAUUCGAAAUUCGCUUACAUUUGUAAGAUGAAAGCAGCUCUCAAUUAAGGAAGUAAAGAAGAUGAUUAAUUAUCCAGAGGUUUCAUCAUUAAAGCCCAAGGCAGCAACGUCUCCGAAGCUAUAAAAUGACUGAGAACAAUUUUAGAGGCAGUUUCUUUCUUUCUUUUUUACAGUUUUGAAAAACUGGAAAAUUCAAGCAUUGGAUUUAUCUUUAAGAGUCUAUCAUGAUUAUUUCUCAUUUUUUUUGAUCAGCAGUAUAUAAGUACAGCGCAAUGGCAGCUGUAUAUGCUAUAAAACUUUUGAUCAUGUCUCGGAGAAACCGGAAAGGAAUAAAGUUUUAUUACGGCUUU